CUCGCGGGUGGAGGGGAGGGGGAGAGGCGGGCGCGUGCCAGAUCGGAGGGGACAGCUCCCAGGUGCUGAAAUUGUUCGGAGCUCCACAGAGAGAAAGCGAGAGGCAGAGGGGGGAAGAAAACCAGCGCCCGCAUUAGAUUCAGAUAUAUACAUAUAUAAAUAUAGAUUUAAAAGAAAACGUAUUCUGCUAAAAUAAAAAAUAAAACAAAAAAACAGGGCCAGAUACAGAUAGAACCGAGGCCUCCAAAAACAGAUGGCUACCACUCAGGAUGCGAAAGGAAAGGGAGAGGGAGGGGAAAAUUUUGACUAUAUGUUUAAGCUGCUGAUUAUUGGUAACAGCAGCGUGGGCAAAACGUCUUUCCUGUUCCGCUACGCCGACGAUGCCUUCACCUCAGCUUUCGUCAGCACCGUGGGCAUCGACUUCAAAGUGAAGACUGUGUACAAGAAUGACAAGAGGAUCAAACUGCAGAUCUGGGACACAGCAGGCCAAGAGCGCUACAGGACCAUCACCACUGCCUAUUACCGUGGGGCCAUGGGCUUCAUCCUCAUGUACGACAUCACCAAUGAGGAGUCCUUUGGUGCUGUGCAGGACUGGUCAACCCAGAUAAAAACCUACUCGUGGGAUAACGCGCAGGUGGUGCUGGCUGGGAAUAAGUGUGAUAUGGAAGAAGAGAGAGUGGUCUCGGUGGAUAAUGGCAGACUGCUGGCGGAGCAGUUGGGUUUCGAGUUUUUUGAGACAAGCGCCAAGGACAACAUCAACGUGAAGCAGACCUUUGAGCGUCUCGUCGACCUAAUUUGCGACAAGAUGUCUGAGAGUUUGGACGCUGAUCCGGCUGUCACCACGGGAGCGCCCACUGCCAAACUCACAGACAGCGCUCCACCCCUCCAGCAGCCCGGCUGCAAUUGUUAGUGAGCCACGUCAGGGAGCAGAAGGAGAGCAGCACAGGUCCUGUAAGGUGGUAAAAAAUUGUUCUCCCUCAGCGUUAUCACUCCUGCUAUAGUGCUGCUUUCCCCUGGACUACACUUCAAACCCCGUUUAGUAGUAGAAUUACAAAAAGCUGUCCUAUUAUCUCUUAACUUUAUCACCUUAUAUCAAGAGCAAAUAACCAGGAAAACAAGCGUGGCUGUUGUAAGAUGCAUAACAUUACAGUAUAACUUGAAUACACAGACACCAUAUUCUCAUUCUUUGGCUAGUUAGUGUGGUUACAAACCAAGUAUGUUUGAUAGGCUGCAAAUAGUUCACACUGUACACUUAAUCCUUAAGACCUUUAAAACCUAUAAUAAUAAUGAUGAUAAUAAUAAUACCUUGAAGGAUAGUCAGUGAGUGCUUUAAUAAGCUUUUUAUUUUUUAUGUUUUUGUACAGUAUGUUUUUUCCUUUUAUAGGUUCCUGAAGCUGCCAAAUCUAUGAUUUAGUGCACUAUAGGAUGUAGCGGCUUUCUUUUGUGUAACGUGUGUGCGUAUGGCUGUUGUGUGACUGCACGCUAAGUGACUGCGGGUUUGCGUGAAUGCGAGUAUCAUGUCCGACUGCAACUUCGCCAACUUAAAAUCAUCUACCUUGGAAAAAAGUGGCCUUUUAGCAUCUCCAAUACGGCCUCUGUAAGUCCCUCUGUCCUGCUUUACUGUUGGAGUGAAUUGAGUAUGUGUAACGUUGACGUGAGUACUGUUCCACCCUCCGCUGUCUGUAGAUGUGAUUCCUCUAAGUAUAUCUAAUAAGUAUAUCUUAAGCAACCAUUUCCUUGUGCUUAGCCUCCGAGACACCCUUUUAUAGUUCGAUCCAAUGAGCAUGCUGCCAAAAACUCAAUAAUGUGUGCUGUUUUAUUUUAAGAUAGGCCUUACCCGAACCUAACCAUCCCCUGCUCCGUAUGAAAACAAUAAUUUAGCAUUCCAUUAAAGGAAAAAUCUCUUACUGUCAAAGCACAGCUCAGUGUGUGUGAUACACAACAAAUGAUCAGCUCUGUCAUGGAAUAAACAGCCAUAUAUUAAAAUAUGUUUAAGUUUUGACUCAGCAUGCUUAAAUUCCAUGUUUGUAUGAUAAAAUGAAGUCCUCCAUCCUACCCCACCCCCUGAAAAAAUUGACAACAAUGUAAAAAGGGAAACUUCUCAUAGCGGGCAUAUACCGUACUCUAGUGUCUUAAUGUUAAUUCCAUGUAAUAGAAACGUCGUAGGUUGUUUGAAAAGCCAGAAAAGUUUCAGUUCUGCUAGUCUUAGAAGAAAAAAAAUUGUGCCAAAACAUUACAGUUCUUUUCACAUCGUCGGUUGUUUGUCACAUAGUUGAAUAAAAGCUCUAAACAAUUGCAUGAAGUCAGUCCUGAUAUACCUGUGUAGAUUUAUAUGAUAAGAUACUGUAUAUAUCACGCUGUGUUACAGAUUUAGGAGCAUUGUCAUGGCGUUCGCCGUGAGAUGCAAUGGGCCAAUAAGUGCAAUAUUUUAUGAAAUAUACCCUGUACAUAGUUUCUCCCGUCCUCGAGUACAAUGACCCUAGCUGCCGUAUGUGAGUGACAGUAGGUCAGAAUAACUCGUAAAACCCGAGGAUGUGCUUCAUUCAGUAACUGCGGCCACUGAAUGUGUGACUGUAAGUGUGUAUGUGUGCGUGUACCUGCCAUAUUGAAGAGACAAAUUACGUAAUAUAGUGUACUGUUUGUGUAUACCUUUUGUACAAAUGUAUUCACAUACUAUAUGCUGUUCCUGCUAACUGUUGGUUGUUGACCGAACUUGUAUUAUCAUGUCAAAAUGCAGUGUUGUUGUGACAGAUAGUCAGGGAGAAAACUUAGUCCAUGACAUAUGCCAUACUGUUUUACUAAUGCCAAGAAUAGGAAAACACAUGAACUAGUUCAAAGCGCCUGUGUGUACACAUCUGUGUAUGUGUGUGACAUUAUGAUUUGAUGCCAGUAGCCAUGAAAUAAAUUACUGUAAUGAUCGCAUUCAUUUCAUAGAGGGAUGGUUAGCCUCAGCCCAACAGUCACUCUAGUAAAAAUGUCAUUUUAAAACACUAUGUCUUUACAUAUAACUGAAUAUAUUUAUUUGUUGGAGUGCAAGCAAACUAAGAAGUAUGUUUUUGAGAUUAUAGGAAAUAAAUCCAAUUCUAUCUGCGGGC